GAAAGCUAAACAGGAAAAAGUUGGAAAAGCAUUUCAUGACUCCUUUAAGGAAAAGAACAAGCACGUGUAAGGUUUAAAAAACUUGUAUAUCUCCCAUUUUAACAGGCAUCCAGAACAAACCGUGAGCAGCGACAAGUUCCAACCAAGCCAAGUCCCUCCGGAGCAGAGCAGUCCACCAAAGGCACCUGGAUCGAGGAGCUGCAGAGGCGACACCAGGCCGCCUUGAUGGAAGAAAUCAAAGAGCAGAUCUUGUUCAAACCGACUGACCACUUCUCCAUCUCGUCCGUGUUCGACGAAAACGGCGGUGAGCCCUUUCCGCCGAGGAGGAAGAGCCUGGCUGCCAAACGUCGGACGCUCGACGACGAGCUCGAAGACCUCCGCGAACCAUCAACCUCUUCGUCGUCAUCGAGUGACUCGCAGGUUCAGCAGACGGAACCGCUACCCUUGAGCCGAGCAGACGGAUGGAGCUCCACCAUGACUAAUGACACCAGGCCGGCAUCCUCCACCCCGCAGAUCACACCCUCCAAGUCAAAGUUCUUUGAAGACGCUACGUCCAUAGAGCCGUUAGAAAAAAAGGACACCACGAGCAGCAAAGUUUCGACUCCACGACGCACGACAAGCCAAACGCCGACGCAGCGUGCCGCCGACCCAAGUGCCAUGUUUACGCCUCGCAGACGUUCCGAUUGGGUACCGGCGUCAACGACGCUGACGCCGCAGAUUCGACUCGGAGCAACACCGACGCCGAAGACGCGUGAAAGUCGCGGUGCCGAAGCGGCGCAAAGAAAAGAAGCCACCCGAAGUUUCGACCCAACUGCCGUUUCACCGGGUGUGGCAGCAACUCCUCGUCGUGAAACGGCAAUCCCGAUUACCCCGGCGCGGCAAAUGCCCAACACCCGUCCUGAGUCUGCGUCCAUGUUGUGGGAAAGCCGAGAUUUCAUGGAGACAGAAAAGAAAGAACUUUUAGAGCAGAACGACAGGCCCUUCAAAAACGUAACUUCGACGCCGACUUUGUACCAUACAGUCUCGACCCCACGUAACUUCUCGACGACGACGUCGAGUCCCGUUGUUCGACCGGAUCCAGGUUUGAGCUCGUGCAGAAGAAACAUACCGAGCUCACCACCGAGAUUGCCUCGUAGCAUUGAGCCCUUCCGGACACCCUAUAAAUGCAUGCUCCGGUCACCAAGGUCAGCGUGGCACACACCGAACAGUUAUCUCGAACCGACGUCAACAUCCCAAAAACACGAGUCCGUAGUAUUGAAAGAGGAGGAAGUCAACCACGCUGACGGACAGAACGUGAAUUUGAGUGCAGUGGCAGUGCCACCUCACAAAGACUUGAGCCGGCCGCUACUCUCAAACCAGAACUUUUUUCCGAAGCCAAACUCGAGUUGCGGCAUUCAUUCCGAGCAAAGGAACGCGUCCUCACCUACGAGAUCGCUCAAGCAUGCCGUCGCAGAACCGGUGCCAGAGUCGCCAAAGUGCUCGACCGGCGUCGAAACAACGCUUCAACGAGUCAUCGCUAUUGAAGAGGUCGGAGAGGGAACGCACAAAAGCCUACGUCGCGAAGACACCGAUGGGGCUCGACAAAGCGACGGCACCAAGUCAUCCAAUACACUCACCAUCAAGGUUGUUCGAGAGGGCUGUCGGACCUGCGGGCGGAGCACCGCGAAAGUGGAGAAAGCGUGUCAGACGGUUCCAGAUUACGCCACGGCCGGAAAACUGUUAGACGACUGUACAUCUCCACUUGCCUAGAAGGCGGCGUCAAUGACACUGCACAUUCAUUUCUAUAUUCAUGCCAAUGUUAUAGUUUGUUCAAAUUUAUAUGGUUGUGCCGAGUUAGACAUCACACGCAGAAAUGUGUGACACAUUGACAAUCACUGACAAGGAGGCCAGGCCACAGUCUCCGCAAUGAUAAGUCUCGAACGAAACGUUAAAUCAUUCUAUGUUUAAUCCUUAAAAAUAAAGCCUAUCUCGAUUUGCCACACAUUUCAAAGCAUGCCGUUUGGAAGCAUGUGGCACAAGUUUAAUUACUCGUUUAAUAAAAUUAACUAUUCGAAGUGCAAUGCACAUCCACUGCCCCCGAUUAGUGAAGUGUCACUCUUUUAAAU